AUUUAUGUUAUGUUGACGAGCAAAAGCAGAAUUUUCCAACAUGUUCAUACCGUGGCCAGCUUCUGCAACGAAGUCUCGGCCCGGGUCAAAUACGACACGAAUUUAAACACAGUCCACGUGAUCACAGCGACUGCAAACCAAUACAACGUAUUCUCACUAUCGAAGCUUGCAAAGCUAUACGUUAGUGAUCUUCUUCCAGAGAAGAUUUCAUUCAUUGCUGCUCAUGAGUUUUGCAUAGCUUGUGUUUGCGACAGGAAAGUGCACGUUUGUGUUCGUGGAAACGUUUGCGCCUCUUACGAGCAGCAUGACGGUAAAAUUCUAGGCGCGCUGUUUGUUGGUGACUAUAUUGUUUCAUGGGACACCCAAAACGCGCUGCAUGUUUAUCAUAAAGUAUCUUGCGACUCGGUGAUCCGACUUGACCUUGAAAAGCGAAGUCAAAUUUCGCAAAUUAUUCACCCGAAAACGUACAUGAAUAAAGUUAUGAUCGGUUUUCAGUCUGGAAAAUUGCAGCUGUGGAAUAUUAAAAGUGGAAAAGUGGUUCAUGAGUUUACGUCUGUUUCAUCUUUGGAGUCUGAGUUAACCUGUUUGCUCCAGAGUCCGGUAGUGGACGUUGCAUGUGCCGGUUAUACAUGUGGAACUAUUUUGCUGCUGAAUUUGAAGACUGAUAAAGUCAUACUAAAGCUAAACCAGAACAACUCAAAAGUGACAGCUUUAUCGUUUCGACUUGAUGACUCACCUAUACUUGUAUGCGCAACCGCCGACGGUUGCAUCGGGUCCUGGAACCUCAAUGAGAAAUCACUCCAAUCAGUGGUCCGCGAUGCUUGCGAAUCAAAUCAUCCAAUCACAGGCCUCGAAUGCAUCCAAUCACAGAACCUUAUGAUGACGUCAUCGAGUGCGAAUAGUUUGAAGUUGUGGAUAUUUGACUCCAAAGACGGAUCCAGUCCCCCUAGAGUUUUAAUUGAGAGGGUUGGUCAUGCACAGGGAGAUAUUAGUAGGCUGAGGAUGUAUGAUAAUUCGUCUGGUUUGGGGUUCAUGUUGACUGCUGGUCAAGACGGAAGCGUGAAGAAACUAUCGUUGGAACACGAAAGACACAGCCGUAAUUUGGGACAGUCGAGAACAUCCACUGGCAAGAAAAAACCCAACUCGUCUCUUGACUCCUCGCGCGACCUCUUCCUUGGUCCCAUCACAGACUUGUGCUGCGAGGUGAGGAGGGAGUCGGACUGGGAUUCGGCCGUUUCUGUACAUUUGAACAGUGACGUGGUCUGCUCCUGGAACGUGUACAAGAGUACGAUUGGGAAACAUAGAUUGAUGCCGACUAGAGAACAGAAGGAUAGAAUGCAUACGAUGGUGGCAACUUGCCUUGACUUGUCAUCCUGUGGAAAUUUCUGCGUUGUUGGCUACAGUGACGGAAGCGUAAACAAAUUCAACGUCCAAAGUGGAGACCUGAGAGCUUCCAAGCAGAUAACCGAUGAUAAAUCAAAUGUAGAAACUGAAACUUCUUCUUGUGUGGGAAUCGCAAUUGACAAGUUGAACACAAAACUUGUCGUAGCUCAAAUGAGUUGUAUCACUUUUCACGAAUUUGAGAAACUAAAGCAAUUGGGCUCUAAACUGACACUAUCUGAAGAUAUUGAGUCGAUACGACUUCAUCGUGAAAGUUGUCUGAUGGCAGCUGCUUUGACCGAUUUUUCUAUCGAAAUAGUCGAUUAUGUUGAGCAAAGCUCAGUCCGACAUUUUGAACACUCGCUAUUAUCAAUCCACAUUGCAAGAAUAUUAGACAUGGUGUUUUCCCCAGACUCGAGGUGGUUGGUAUCUUGCUCGUUGGAUUACACGAUCAGAGUGUGGAAUAUUCCGACAUGCUCUUUAAUUGACUGUUUUGCAACUGAGAAUCCGCCUGUUUCUUUGGAUUUUUCACCAACUGCGGAUGUUCUGUGCGUCGCGUUUUUAGAAUCAAUUGGUGUUGCCGUCCUGUCAAACGUGUCUCUUUACCAACCUGUGGAUUUGACCCCUCUUCAGAAAACAUUUAGCCCGUUCACUAUAGAUCUGGACGAAACAGAAAGUUCUGAAAAUGAAACAGUUCUAGCAGACUCAUUCAAGUCGCCUGAAUUGUUAUCAGAAUUAGCAUCGUUGUCACUCAACCCAGAAGGAACCUCAAAAUGGCUCACAGUUCUGAAACACGAUACGAUUAAAGAAAGAAAUAAAGCAAAAGCACCCCCGAAAGUGUUGAAAGCAGCGCCCUUUUUCAUCCCGACCGUUGCAGGUUUGGAGUUUCAACUUGAUACGAGUGAAGUGAAAAAGUUAUUGAAGCAUGAAAAGAAAACAGAUAUAGUCGCGAAGGUAUUAAACGAAGACUCUUCUGUAUUGGUUCAGAUGAUGAAAAGAAAUGAUGGCGAUGUCAAGGCCAAGGAUAUAAUUGGAUUCUUAGAAGCAAAAUCUGCAGCUGCUAUCAACUUCGAAAUCUAUUCUCUCUCAGAAUCACAGGGAGGUUCAACUGAGAUGAUCAAAUUAUUCAUUCAGCAUUUGACUAAAUCAUUUCGCGCUGGCGUGUCACUUGAUGGAUGCAGAGCAAUGUUGCAGUUAGUUCUGAAACUCCAUGGUCCGAUUAUUCAGCAGAACCAAGAAAUUUUUCAAUAUGUUUUGGAAGAAUUAAGAAGUUGCCAUUUAGAGAGUUGGGGGAAAAUAAGCCAUGAUUUUCAACUAACUGUCGCUGUUGCUUCCUUUAUUAGAUCUCCAAUUGUGUGAUUCUAUGAUGCAUUGUUUUCUGUAAAAAGAGGAUUUGUUCCUAUGGAAAUAAAAAGUUUGAAGCUA